AUGGGCAACUGGGAACUACAGCUACGUAAAGAAAAUUGGCACAAAAUGGGACACCUGUCCAUUGGAAAUGUUCUCCUCAUAUACAACGUGUGGAUGGCCGCCACCCAAAAUAAAAUUUUAGUCCACAGUGAAUUCCGUCCGGACUACACAUACUACCCAGAAGCUGGAGGCUGGUUCAAAGUUCACAAGGUGCCCACCAACUGGAAUGAAGCAAAGCUCAAAUGCUAUUUCGAAGGUGCAAAUCUGGCAUCCCCUGUCAACGACCAUGUGUAUGCCGUGAUGAGGAGUCUGAUGUUGGUGCAGACAGGGCCGGUGUUCACUGGCGUGCAUGUGCUGGACCCGGCUGAGGAAUUCAAAUCAAUAGAAGGAGUACCGCUGCAGCAGUUGCGUAUUCAGUGGGCGAAAGGGGAGCCCAACAACUUGAACAAUGAAGAGCACAGCCUGGCCAUUCUCGCAGACGGGACUUUCGCUGACGUAAGGAGCGACAAAGUGCUCCCCUACAUAUGCUACCGGAAGGAAACUGGCAAUGAGAUCCGAUCCAAGGACUGUGGAACAUUCGCAGAAGGAUAUGAGUUGGAUCCCGCAUCUACUAGCUGCUACAAGUACCACUAUGACUGCGUGAGGUGGCACCGCGCCAGCAUGAUCUGCGCAGCGGAGGGCGCGCACCUCCUCAUACUGAACAGCGCACGAGAGGCGCAGCUUAUGAUUGACAAGUUCUCCAAGAGACCCAUCAACUGUAAUGGGAACACGGUCCGCCACGCGGCGGCGUUCGUCCACAUUGGAUUCCACAACGUGGGCUUCGAACGCUCAUUCUGGUUCACGGUUGACGGCAAACGCAUCGAGGAGUCUGGCUACUCUCAGUGGUCUGAUGGUGAGCCAAACGUUCUGACAGAGUCCUGCGGCGCCGUUAACAGAAACCACUUGGGCCUCUACGACAUAGAUUGUAGCGAGCGGGUGCCAUUCAUAUGCGAAAUCACCGACCCCAAGACCGUAUUCAAAACAAAUGACUAUUGA